UAGUUAAUGGUAAAUAGGUUGGCUAUCAGCUUCACUUCUGCGGAACUGGCAAGCCAUGGCUUCACCCUCUCACAAGCUCCAAUCCUAAUUCUGUCAUCUAACUGCCGCGUGCGCAAUGUCCACCAUAAUUCUUGCAAGAUUUGCACCCCUAAACCUGCGUCCCAGCCGAUUUCCAGCACUCGAAGGCAGUUGCUUUUCCUACUAACGUCAUCGACGGCGCUGGCAACAAGGGAGGCUCCGUCGAUUGCUGAAGAAUGCGGAGGAGGAGGCUGUGGAGAUUGUGAAGGAAGGGUUCGAGGCCGCGGAGAAAGGACUAGAAACAGCAGAGAAAGGGGUUAAAAGUGUGGAAAGAGGGGUUGAAGCAGCGGAGAAGGAGGUUGAGGAGGCGGUGAGUUUUCCCGCGUUGGCGCAAGCUGGCGUGGUGGUCGGUGCGGAGGUUGUUGGUGUAUUGGCGGGUACUUCUGUUGUGAACGGAAUUUUGGAGACCAGCCAGGAAACUUGACAAGGAUUUCAACGUGGAGGAUCUAUAUCCGCACAAAAAGAAGCGACUUAGCCAACCCACUAGUUAUUCAAUUUGUAGUUUGCAUUCAUGGUAUCCGCCAUGGCUCGCGUGCUGGCCUCGAACGCCCUCGGAGUUCACAGAUUAAGUCCAUGUUCAUAUUUUCAAACAUCCAGACUGCCUCCAGCUCCUUCGCUUGUCAAAACGUACGGCAACUUGCGCCGCGGAUUUCAGGGCGUAGCUUGCCAAACAGAACCUCCGACUGAAACCUCCACAACGUCUGAAAAGGAUUCCGACCAAGAUGCAUCGACAAGUUCCUCUGUGGAUUCUGGGCUCCCUGAAUUUCCAAACAAAAGCCUCAAUAAGCAAAUCGCGGUCAUUUCCACGCUUGCAGCCGUGGGGCUUUUUCUUUCCACUCGGCUUGAUUUUGGAGUUUCGUUGAAGGACCUAUCUGCUGCUGCAUUGCCUUAUGAAGAGGCCCUCUCAAAUGGGAAACCCACUGUUGUGGAGUUCUAUGCAGAUUGGUGUGAGGUUUGCCGCGAAUUAGCUCCAGAUAUCUACAGCGUUGAGCAACAGUACAAGGAUCGUGUGAACUUCGUUAUGCUAAAUGUUGACAACACAAAGUGGGAACAGGAGCUUGAUGAGUUUGGGGUCGAGGGUAUUCCACACAUUGCAUUCCUGGACAAAGACGGUAAUGAAGAAGGUAAUGUAGUUGGAAAGCUUCCGAAGCAGUUCUUCCUUGAGAAUGUGGAUGCCCUUGCCCGUGGUGAAGAAUCCAUUCCCCAUGCUCGCAUUGUAGGACAGUAUUCUCGUGCUGAAUCAAGGAAGGUGCGCCCAGUUGUUGAUCCCAGAAGCCAUGGCUAGAUGCUAGCUUCCUCUUUCAGAGUGGUCGAUAACUGGCCCCUGGUGACAUUUUUAAAAGGACCACAUCCUUCAAUUGCUUCCAAAGUAUGGAAUCUCACAAAAAGAUCAAUCACAAGAUAUGGCCAACCACAAAUACUUUGCCAAAUCAUUUGAUGAAAGUUCAAAGAUUCUCAUUUUAUAUACGUUAAAUCUGUAUCUGUAAUUGUUACAUCUUUAGCCUGAACAUUAUCAGGAUCAAGAAUGGAUAGUUUAAUAAUACAGAAUGUAUGUAAGAGAUUCUAUAA